AUGGUCAGUUCAACAAAUACGCAACCGAAAGUAAAAACUGUUGAAAUCGAUCGGGUGGAACUUUCUAAUGCUAUUACUAAACUCUCCCUCUCUGAUCAGCUCGCGUUGGAAAGUGGUGACGCAUCGCCGACCAAAAACGUGUUGGUGGUGGAAAAGUUCAAGGAUACUAAUAUGAAGGGGAAGGAUAGGAACAGUAGCAAUGAUAGUAGUAAUGGGGUCAACGGUACAGCCACAGAACUUUCUAGUCAAAAUAGCCACAGUAAUAAUAAUACUGGAUCAAAUGUCAUUGCGAACGGGAAGAACUCUGAAGUAGUAAAGCAACCGACUGUUGCCGCAGCCGUUGCUGUUACGGAAAAUAGUGCCGAUUCCUUAAAAAACGAGGAUGUCGUAUCCCACAGCCCUCAUAAUAAUGAAAAAAACAAGAACAAUAGCGAGCAACAGGUGUCAUCAACGUCUUCAUCGGCAGAGACAAAAGAAUCUCAACCGCCGAAGAAGAUACCGAUACCUGCACCGAUCCCCCCUGUUAACUUUUGGGAUGUCAGAAAAGAAGCUAUGCAGAGUGCAAGAAAAGCACCUGCUAAUACUAAUAGUAAUAUGACUUCUGGUUUACAUUCAUCCAAUGUGACCGUCUCUAAUAAUAAUCGCGUUGAGAAACAAUGCAAAGGAUCUUUUAUUGAUAAUAAUAUUAAUAAACCUAUAAUCACAAAGGCAACAUCAUUAGCAAAUACCACAACAAAAUCGUCAACGAUGGACAAUUCAAACAUCAUUAAAGGUCAAGCAUCUUUGGAUGAUCAAAGCAGUUGGCCUGCACCGGGUGAAGUUUUGAUAAAGGAUAAGGAAAAAGAGGCAAAUGAAAAUACAGAGAGAAAACAAUCUCCAGAUAUUUCUAAAAAAGAAGAAAUCAGUUCGAAACGAGGUAAGGGGAAAUGGAUCCCGUACACUCCAAUAAAAAUCACUCAUUCCACGCCACUACCAAAUCACGGGCAAAAACAUCGUCGUCGCAGUGAAGCUUCAGUUCCACAUACCGAACCUAAAGAACAUCAAACAAGUAUCGAAGAGCAAACUAAUAAUAACCCUGGAUCUGAAACAUUAACAACGACCACAUCAGCAUUGUCAGUAUCCUCGUCACAACAAAAUGGCAACUCUAAUCCAAGACGACGUUAUAGUUUACCACAGAAUGGACGUGAACAAUACAGUCGUCGUUAUUCACAAUCAAGUAUCGAUAAUGGACAAUAUGUACGUCAUACGAAUAAUUUAUCAUUUCGUGGUGGACGAAGAGGAUUAGGCAGUAGAAGCCGACCGUUUAAUGGAACUCGUGCUCUACCACGAUCGGCGACAUUUUCUUAUUCUACCGGAUGGCAACAUCAAUUUGGAAACGUAUAUACCGCAAAGAUGCCUUCAUAUGUUUAUGACUUGGAACUUUUAAAAUUUCACAUACUUCAACAAGUGGAAUACUAUUUCAGUGUUGAAAAUUUAUGUAAAGAUAUAUAUCUACGAAGUAACAUGGACACGUAUGGCUUUGUUGACAUAUCAUUAUUGGCCAAUUUCAAUCGAGUUAAACUCUUGACUUUGGAUGAAAAACUUGUUCGUGAGGCUCUCCUCAAUAGUUAUGUUAUCGAGGUCAGCAAUGACAAGGCUAGAAAACGUGAUGGUUGGGAAAUGUGGUUAUUACCGAACCAAAACCAACAAAAUAUAAACGAUCCAACUUUGGCAGAAUCGACAUAUGAUAAUACCAAAUCUCUAGUCUCAGAGGGAGAGUACGCAAAUAGGAAUAAUGAUUCUGAAACUAUGAAUCAUGCAAACAAGGAAAAUCAAGAGCCAAAACAAGAACAAGUAGUAAUAGAAAAUACCGCAGCAACAAUUCCGUCAAUGUCGACGAUAAAUGAAUUGGAUGAACCACCAUCAAAUACAACGACAACAACUUUUACUCAUAAUAAUACAUCCGAGAAUUUUGAACCUUUGAUCGCGACAGCAUCGAGAUGA